CACAAUGUGUUGCUACCAUAGGAACUGAAAAAUAAAGAUGUCUACCGAGACUGUAGGCAAGAUUUCAAUGUUGGACCAGAAACUAGAGAAACUGAGAGUAGCUAAUAGAAAGCAACUCGUUCAUUCUAUUGUCGUUGUAUCAAGACUUUCCCCAGAUAUUCUGGAUAAGAGAGAUAUACAAAGACAUUAUGAAAAGAUAUUUAAAAACUGUCAUUUGAAGUAUCAAGGUGAUGGCCCAACUGGUAUCUUGCUAAUUUACCCACAACAUGCAAUACACUAUCUUGAGGCUCCACUGGAAUUACUGAACACUGUCAUUACUGAUCUUGGAGAGCUAGGAAAGCAAAAGGCUCUACUCUGUGACAGUCGUUUGCUUAAUUUCUCCUCUGGUCUAGAGCAGAGGUUCUAUCCACAGUGGAGUGCUAGACAGCUAAACUUACCAUCUCUUGCUAAAGGUGAAGUGUAUCAGACCAACGAUGCUAUAGAGCUGACUGUUAGUACUUGCUUAGAGAAGAUGUAUCAAUUAGGAUGUCAACUUAGUAAAUUGCAUCAGAUUGAGCUCAAGCGGACACUGGAUAUUUUACCCGAGAAACUGCCCAAUCUCUUGAUACAGCAAGAUAUUUUAGAGUAUCUAGUGUGUAAUAAGGAGCUUGACACUCCGGCACAGUAUCUCCAGCAAUAUUGCACACCUUUAUUUGUUGCUUUAGAAAGUGAUUUUGUAUGGCCGCUAUCAGUUAGACUAUUUCCUUAUGAUUGAAAUUAGACAUUCUUAAAAAAUUAAUAUGCAAAAUCAAAAAUAGUAUAAUAAUAAUACUAAUUACAAGCAAGCAAGAAGAUUAAAAUGAG